AAUGCUGAAAAUAGCCCGAAUGCACUCAGAACAGUAGCACCACCCGGCAAGCAGCUGGGAUUCCUUCCCUCUCUUAUUUGCUUUCUCUCUUGCCUUUUUUCCCCCUUCAGACACUUGGAUUGGACUUAAUCUGAAACCUCUGGAGUUCAAGACCUUUUAAAAAGGGCUAAAUAAACAAUCUCUACAUGUAAAGGCCACUGACUCCUACUUCCUCUGUUCAGAGCCACCGUUGAACCCAGCUGCCCGGAGGAAAACUGAAGACUUUAAUAACAAACCCUCCAAGGUCAAAAUGAAUACAGAUAGCGGUGGGUGUGCUCGCAAACGUGCUGCCAUGUCUGUCACAUUAACAUCUGUGAAGAGAGUUCAAAGUUCUCCAAACCUUUUGGCUGCAGGGCGUGAUUCUCAGUCACCAGACUCAGCAAAAGGUUUUAGAAGCGUCCGACCAAACCUACAGGAAAAAAGAUCACCAACCCAGAGCCAGAUAACAGUGAAUGGAAGCUCUGGAGGCGCCGUGAGUCCAAUGAGUUACUAUCAAAGGCCGUUUUCCCCGUCAGCCUACUCUCUACCAGGCUCACUCAAUUCCAGCAUUAUCAUGCCGCAUGGCCGGUCACUUGAUGCCACAGAGGCAUACCCCCAGCAUGCGCAAUCUCUGGACGGCACCCUGGGCAGCUCCAUACCGCUGUACAGGUCCUCGGAGGAGGAGAAGAGGGUGACCGUCAUCAAGGCGCCGCAUUACCCGGGGAUCGGGCCCGUGGACGAAUCCGGAAUCCCCACCGCAAUCAGAACGACGGUGGACAGACCGAAGGACUGGUACAAGACGAUGUUCAAGCAAAUUCACAUGGUGCACAAGCCGGAUGAUGACACAGACAUGUAUAAUACUCCUUAUACAUACAAUGCAGGCCUGUACAACUCACCCUACAGCGCUCAGUCACACCCGGCUGCAAAGACGCAGACAUACAGACCCCUCGCCAAAAGCCACUCGGACAACGGCACAGACGUCCUUAAGGACGCCACUGCCCCUGCCCCGCCCCCGCACGUUCCCCCUCCCGUCCCACCACUUCGACCAAGAGAUCGGUCUUCAGCAGAAAAACAUGACUGGGAUCCUCCAGACAGAAAAGUCGACACAAGGAGAUUUCGUUCUGAACCCAGAAGUAUUUUUGAAUAUGAACCCGGGAAGUCAUCAAUUCUGCAGCAUGAAAGACCACCCCCCCUCCCAACAGCUCCGACACCUGUUCCAAGGGACCCCGGCCGGAAGCCUAUUUCUCUGGCACCGUACGGAGCAGCCGCUGGGAGCCCCUCCCCUCCGCCCAGGAGCGGGCUCCCCACGCCAGGCCCGAGCACCCCGGCUCUCUCUCCCACCUGGCCUGAUCGCAUACGACCAGAUGACAUAGAUUUAGAGAAUGAGCCCUGGUAUAAAUUCUUUUCAGAACUGGAGUUUGGACGCCCGCCUCCUAAAAAGGCUCUGGACUAUGUGCAAGAUCAUUCUUCUGGUGUUUCCAAUGAGGCCUCCUUGUAUCAAUCCACGAUAGAUAGAAGUCUGGAAAGACCCAGCAGUUCUGCAAGCCUGGCCAGCGACUUCAGGAAAAGGAGGAAGAGCGAGCCCGCCGUGGGGCAGCCACGGGGCCUGGGGGACCCAAGGGCGCGCAGGACCAGCCCGGUGCGGGCGGACCUCCUGGGGUCCAGCACCACCCUCUCGCCGUCUUUCAUUAGUUCUUCCCCCUCCUCCCCAUCCAGAGCAAAAGGUGGGGAUGAUAGCAAAAUGUGUCCGUCCCUUUGCAGUUACUCAGGGCCCCGCAGUAGCGCCUCCCACGAGGCCGAUGACUGUAACCCUUACAGACAGCACCUGGACGUCCCGCGGGACUCGCCGAGGGCCGCCGCUUUCAAAAACGGCUGGCAGAUGGCCCGGCAAAACGCAGAGGUCUGGAGCAGCACCGAGGAGACGGUUUCCCCCAAACUCAAGUCCCGCAGUUGCGACGACCUGCUCAACGACGCCUGCGACGGCUUCCCGGACCCGCAGGCCAAGUCGGAGAGCCUGGGCUCGCUGCUCUGCGCCGAGGACGCCCAGGCGGACUGCCCGGUCCCCUGGGCGUCCCCCUACCGCCCGGAGGGCCGCGGCGACGGCCGGUCGCGGCUCCGCCACCGCGCAGCGCACGACGCGCCGGGCUUCCUCAAACUGUACAAGAAGAUGCACCGCAUCAACCGCAGGGACCUGAUGGCCUCCGAGGUGAUGUGCUCCGUCAAGUCGAGGGUCCUGCAGUACGAAAGCGAGCCGCGGGACCGGGGCCUGCUGCCCGCCUGGAGCCAGCCCUCCGCCGAGGAGGUGCCCCGGGACAUGGUCCCCACGCGCAUCUCCGAGUUCGAGAAGCUGAUUCAGAAGUCCAAGUCCCUGCCGAACCUGGGCGACGACGCGCUGUCUCCCGUCAGCCUGCGGCCGCAGCAGAACGGCCUGGGCCCGCAGCGGCGCUUUUCCAUGGAGUCUUUGCUGGAGGAAGAAACGCAGAGCCGACGCCCGUGCCGGGCGCAGCAGAGCUACGCGGCGACGGCCCUGGUGCCCAUCCACAUUGAAGUCACCAGCGACGACCACCCGAGGCCUCGCGUGGAGUUUUCCGACAGCGACCAAGACGGGGUGGUGUCCGACCACAGCGACUGCAUCCACGUCGAGGGGUCGUCCUUUUGCAGUGAGAGCGACUUCGAUCACUUUUCCUUCACGUCCUCGGAAAGUUUUUACGGGUCCGGCCACCACCACCACCACCACCACCACCACCGGCACCUGGUCAGCUCCUGCAAAGGCAGGUGCCCCGCCUCCUACACUCGGUUCACCACGAUGCUGAAGCACGAAAGAGCCAAGCAGGAGACCCCGGAGGGGCCCCGAAGACAGGAACUGGACCCCGGCCUCUCCAAACUUGCGUUUCUCGUCAGCCCCGUGCCUUUCCGGAGGAAAAAAAGUUCGGCCCCCAAAAAGCAGGCUCAAAAGGCAAAAUGCAAAAAGUCUGUGUUUGAGGCGCUGGACUCCGCCCUGAAAGACAUUUGUGACCAAAUCAAAGCUGAAAAGAGAAGGGGGAGUCUGCCAGACAACAGCAUAUUGCACCGUCUGAUCAGCGAGCUGAUGCCCGACGUCCCCGAAAGGAAUUCAUCGCUUAAGGCUCUAAAAAGGAGCCCCAGGCACCAGCACUACCACCCCCUGCCUCAAGAUGGUGCUACUCACUGCCCGUGGUACCCAAACGACUGUGGGAGACUGCCUCACAGUGCCUCCCUCCAAGACAUGGACGCCAACAACAACUACCCCCACCAAGCCCCCGAGCGGGCCCUGAGUCUCCAAGACCGCGAGUCCCCUAGGAGUUACUCCACUUUAACUGACCUGGGGAGAAGUGCGCCAAGGGAGAGAAGAGGGACUCCAGAAAAAGAGAAACUGCCUGCAAAAGCUGUUUAUGAUUUUAAGGCUCAGACGUCUAAGGAACUGUCAUUUAAGAAAGGAGAUACUGUCUACAUCCUCAGGAAAAUCGAUCAGAACUGGUAUGAGGGGGAACACCACGGGAGAGUGGGCAUCUUCCCCAUCUCCUAUGUAGAGAAACUCACACCUCCUGAGAAAGCACAGCCUGCAAGACCACCUCCGCCAGCUCAGCCAGGAGAAAUCGGGGAAGCUAUCGCCAAAUAUAACUUCAACGCGGACACGAACGUGGAGCUAUCGCUGAGAAAGGGAGAUAGAGUUAUUCUUCUCAAAAGAGUUGAUCAAAACUGGUAUGAAGGUAAAAUUCCAGGAACCAACAGACAAGGCAUCUUCCCUGUUUCCUAUGUAGAAGUCGUCAAGAGGAAUCCAAGCAAAGGUGCUGAGGAUUACCCUGACCCUCCAAUACCCCACAGCUAUUCGAGUGAUAGAAUCCACAGCUUAAGUUCACAUAAGCCACAGCGUCCUGUGUUUACGCAUGAAAACAUCCAAGGUGGGGGGGAACCGUUCCAGGCUCUGUACAACUACACUCCCCGGAAUGAAGAUGAGCUGGAGCUCAGAGAGAGCGAUGUCAUCGAUGUGAUGGAAAAGUGUGACGAUGGAUGGUUUGUGGGAACCUCGAGAAGAACCAAAUUCUUUGGUACCUUCCCUGGGAACUAUGUCAAGAGGCUGUGAACCACCCUCACACCUACUUAAGCUGUGGUUCAGCACCACAUCUGCAUAACCUGCCCUCAAAGGUCCCCGCAGGCCUCCCGCUGUCAUGCCUUAUGGUUUCCAAUAGAAGUCACCACCCCCCCCCCAUCACCAUCCCCACCUGCCACCCAACCACCAGCAAAGUAACUGCCAGGGGCGAGCCCUGGGGAGACUGGCAGGCUGGUUCUGUGUGAACGUGCAUAUUCCCGCUUCCUGCUCUACACUGAAAACCUGCAUGUUGGGUUCAGAAAGAAAUUCAUUAUACUUGAAAGGGUUAAAUAGGUGAGGCAAAACAGGAGACUUCCUGGUCCGCUUUGGAGUACGCCCCUCCCCUCAGGCGAGCUGAAGUUGGGUUUUCACUAAAUACAUGGCGGUGUGCAUUUUCACACCCUUAGCUUGGCAGUGUAUUUUCCUUUCACGAGUUUGCCUAGUGUCCUCGUUUACACGACAUGACAACUGUACUUCAGCUAUUGUUUGCCUGCACUUACAUGUUGUAAUAUGCACAGUGAUAACAAAAAUCUAAAGUGAGGGUAGGAAAGUUAAUUCGGAUGAGUGUGAUUUUUGUUGACUGAAUGUGAGUUUUCAAUAGCAGUCUUUUCCUGCAAUUCUUUUGUACUUUUUAGAAGUGCAAACAGUAAGUGAAUAAGAGCUUUUGGUAAUAAUCAUGAGAAUAUAAGAAGUUUAGCUAGGCUACAAAAAAAAUAUUGUGUUGUAAAGUUGCAUUGCUAUUUUAUAUUAAAAUGUAAUAAUCAGCAUCAUGAACAAUGAGCUCUUAGUGUUUUAUUUAUCUGACAAAAUUGAAAUAAAAGCAGUGUUAGUGAGAGGUGCGAAAAGUUAUUCUAACAUAGACACUUGAAAGUAUCCGUAAGCAAUAUUCAUAGGUAAGAUUUCACUGUGUGUGCAUAUACACAUUUGCGAUUGUAUGAGGACAAUCCAUCUUAUGUCGUACAGUUUAUGGAAAUGUAAAAGAAUCCCACACAUUAUUUUCUAGAAAUAGAGUACUUUAGAAGCAUCACAAGUAUUAAGGCUGGUUUUAGCAAGGAUUAUGAUCAAUACAAUUAUUUUUACUAUGAUAAUUAUUUUUCUUCUAUGGAACUCAGAAUCCUGGCUACAUUUGAGGACAGGAAUAUGUUGAGCCUGAUUUUCCCGGUGUGUGUACAAUAUUUCCCUGGAAUACAUUAGGCACCUUUUAGAGACAAUGUUGAGUCCUUCAGGCUGUAUUUUCUGCCCCGAAGUCAAAAUUUACAAAACGGUAUUGGGACCUGAAAGAUUUGACGGGGCUAAUCGUGCCUGAAUCACGCACACCCUGAGAACUAGCUUUGUAUUUCUUAUGACUUUGCAUAAGAACUAUUCAUAUUUGGAUCUUGAGCACCUUAUAGAUAAAACUUUUUAUGAUAUUUCUUCUGUGGACAGUGAUUGAUCUUUUCACAAUGUGCGUAGGUUCUACAAUUUUGUACAUAUGUUUGCUCUUUUUUUUGUACAGACUAUUUAGUUGUUGAGAAAACAAGGGAAUUUCCUAAUUCGGUCUCUAUCCUUUACUUAAACUGAGCUAAAGACUAACUUUUACAAAUCCCACAGAUCAUAAGCACGCCUUGAUAUUGUGAUUCUGUAAGAUGGCAUUUCUGCAAAAGUGUACGGACUUAAAAGAUCUUAGCAGCCAAACUGAAAUGGACAUAAAUAUCGAGGACAGAGGAAUUUCAGCAGGAAGAAGAUAAACACCUUUGAGUAGCCUACCUUGAAUACUGUCAAGUUCACAGCCAGCUUUCUAUUUUAAAGUCCUUGGGUUUGAAAUUAGGUCAACUGCAUGCGGCUUUGCUGAUAAAUGAGUAAUUAUCUUCCAUGCCAUUUAUGGGAAAAGAUAUCAAUAUCUGUUGCCUGUCAUAUUUAAGAAAAAUGACUGUUUCUACUCUCUGUAUCUGAUUUUAAAAGGAAAAUCUUCAUACCUGGCUUUCAGGUAAUUGACUUUGAAUUCUUACAAGCAAAGGUCAUUGUGUUUUUCUUGAAUAGACAUCUAAUAAAUUUUGCU